GAUAAGCGCUUCUGGGGGGGGCGGCGGCGUCCGGGUUGGGGACUCCUGUCCCUUGCCUGGACUGCCCGGGACUUCGGUCGCUGCUUUGCGUCUCCAGCCGUUGGGACUGAACUACUGCGGGCCCCGCUGAGCCCCCGGGGUCAGGGCGGCGGCGGCGGCUCCCCCUCUCUCGAGACUGGUUGGACGGCCUUCGCCUCCGAGCUGCGAGGAUGCAGCUGGGCGAAGCUCGUUCCCUUCCGGCGCGUACAUCAGAGCAGCGGUGUGUCCAUCGGGCAUCGUGGACACGAGCUCCCGCCCUGUCCCUCGAUUGCAGUGACGACGGGGGACGGGAGAGCCUCAGUCCGGCACGCCCGGUGGAUACCAGGCAACCUUAGAGGCUUCCCAGGGCUGGAGGUGUGCCUGCGCUCCCGCUCUUCCUUCCCGGGCGCUGCAUCCGGGACUGCUUCAGUUCGCGUGCAAGCCGCGUGAGAACUGAUGUGGUCACUCCGCAGGCGCGUGGCCUUUUGCUUCCUUCCUCUCCCCACCCCCGUUUCCACGUCGGCAUUGCGGAAAAUUGAAGGACGCGUUCGGGAACCCAGCGUCCUCCGAAUUGCUUCCCUCAGCCCAACAUCGUGGCAACGUCAGAAGUGGUGGACUUGUAGUUCAAGAAAUCUGGCGUUCACCAGGUUGCCUAUCCCAGCUAGGCAGCGAUAGGAGACGGAAGGGAGGCGCUAGACGGCUGCUUCGGCCACAGCGGCGCCCUCGCCUGAACCUUGCCCGGUGCUGACAAGCGAGAGGGUGCUGUUGGGUAACCAAAGCGGCUGCCUCUGCAGCCUAGGAGCCCGCCCUUGGUUGUCCAGUCAAGCAAAGCCCCACAUCCGCUGAAGAACUGAGGCAGAGGCGCAUCUGUGUCAGGGGAAGGCUUCCCUUCCCAGUUGCUUUCUGCAGAGGAGCUGUCGAGUCAUGUUCUCGGCGCUGGCAGAGCUGUGGAUAAUUUACAAAAGCUCCAGAGUGGGUCCUUAUUCCUUUAACCAGAAUUAUACAAACGGGAGUUCUUAAUUAGUUUUCUGAUGCCAGGGAAGGGUGGGAAGCUUAGUGCUAAAUCCAGAUCAUACUGUAGAAACUCCUGAAGGUGCCCUGAGUCCUGCCUUGGUGGCAGCUUAGAGCUGGUCCAAGAGGGGCCUUCAUGAAUGUCCCUUUAAAGGUAGUGUGCAUUAUGGAGCUUGAACGAUUCAACUUGGAAGAUGCGCCAGAGAUCCAGCAGGAAGAGGAGCAAAGUGAGGACAAAAGCAGGUGCCCUUGGAUCAAAUGCAGCAUCCAUGACACAGUUGCUAAAUGGAUGCUUCCUGAAGAGGCCAGAGCAACUUACCUUGAAAGAGCUAAUUGCAUCCCACCACCCAUUUUCAUCCUGGCUAUCAGCUUAGCUGAGCUGGCAGCGUUCAUUUAUUAUGCUGUUUGGAAGCCCCAGAAACAAUGGAUCACUCUAGAUAUGGGUAUCUGGGAAAGUCCGUUUAUAUACAGGCCUGACAAGCGAAAGGAAGCCUGGAGGUUUUUGUCUUAUAUGUUCUUGCAUGCUGGCCUUGAACAUAUCAUAGGGAACCUUGUCCUGCAACUCUGCUUGGGGAUUCCCCUGGAAUUGGUUCAUAAAGGACACCGAGUUGGAGCUGUGUAUCUCGCAGGAGUAAUUGCCGGUUCUUUGGCAAGCUCCAUCUGUGAUCCUCUGCAGGGUCUAGUCGGAGCGUCAGGAGGUGUCUAUGCUCUGAUUGGAGGAUACUUCAUGAAUAUUCUAGUGAACUUCCGAGAAAUGAUUCCUCUGUUUGGAGUUGCAAGACUGCUGUUCAUCAGCCUAAUAGUACACAUUGCAGGAUUAGAGCUAAUCAAGUCUAUACUAGCAAAUCGAUACUGGAAAUUGGUCCAGAUGUCAGAGAACUGUUUACACAUUUUAGGCUGCAGUGGAAAGUGGAUCAAUGAGGAGACUUGUACUGCUUUUUAUUGCAGAAUGUCAGCACACAUGGUGGAGAUCUAAGCAUGCUUUUUGGAUCUGCAUUUGCAUAGGGCUCCUGAUCAUGGCAAGUUAAAAUGAACACCCUUGCACUAUAAAGGUUCCAUAGGUACAAACAGAAUCAGUGGAAACAGCAAAUUAAUCACAUGUAGAGCUGAGAGCUGCAGCUUGGAGAUACGUUUUUAAGAGGACCAUUGACCUCUUUCAAUAAGGAAAGCAAUUAUUUCACAGAGCCCUCACUUCCAGCAGCAUGAAAUCAAGAUUCUCCUUAGAACUAGGUACAUUUUCUGUUUCUGAGUAGGUGAAAGAGAGAGAUGGACUACUUUGGAUUCAGUUGCCCACUUGGGUUUAUUCUGGAAACCUUCUCCUUAUCUUCCAGUUUCCUUUUUGUGGAGUCUCCACUCUUUAUUCCUGUUUUGUUAAGGCAGAGUCCCUUACUUGGGAACUGUUCUUGCAAAUCCAUUUGCAGCUGUCAUUGCCCAUGCUUAUGGCCACUGCUUUGUAGUGCUGGGCAGCAGCAAAAUCCUGCAUAUUUGCCAACAUUUCUGUUCUGGUUUUCACUAAUGCUGCAAUAUUCUGUGUGUUGUCCUUUGGCUGUUUGCACCAAAGGUUGACUCUCCAAGAAAUAUAGCUACUAAAUAUAUAUAUGUGUGUAUGUGUGUUUUUUCCCCUAAGGUUUCCUUUGUGGCCCACAUUGCAGGCGGCCUUGCUGGAAUGUCAGUAGGUUAUGUCAUAUUCAGCAAUUUUGAUAAAAAAUUCAUUAAAGAUC